CCUCCCUCACGGCCAUGUUGUGCUCGGCGAGGCCCCAGGCGCCCCUCCCAGGCCUGCAGGGCCUCCAGGGACUGCAGAGCCCGCACUCGCCCGGGUACUGCGAGGAGGCGCCCGACUCAAAGGGCGCCGACGACCUGACCAGCCUAUCCUGGCUGCAGUCCAUCAACAUCCUGCCGCUGCCCACGCCGCCGUCGUCCCCCGCGGCCGAGGACCCCGCCGACAGGGACAAGGACAAGGAGGGGCAGCCCUCCGGGCCCGAGCGGCCUGACCCCAUCAAGUCUAUUCUUCCGUCCGUGACGCCGGAGAACCUGGAGCGGUACCGCGACGACUGCAGCCACAAGCCGCCCUUCUCGUACGCGGCGCUCAUCUGCAUGGCGCUCAAGUCGCACCGCACCAAGAUGGCGCUGUCCGACAUCUACAGCUGGAUCAAGGACCACUUCAUGUUCUACCGGAACGCCGACGCGUCCUGGCAGAACUCCAUCCGUCACAACCUGUCUCUCAACAAGUGCUUCGUCAAAGUGCCCCGCUCCAAGGACGAGCCCGGCAAGGGCGGCUUCUGGCGGCUGGACACCCAGCGCCUGGCCGAGGGCCGGCGCGCGCGCAGGGGUCGCCGACGGGGCGGUCGCACUGCCGCAGCCAAGUGAGUACGCCAAGAAGCACCCCCUCCUUGCGCAUCCACGGCCACACCGCCCAGCUUGGACCUUCCGAGCUCAGUCUUCCUCCUGGAGCUGGAGGCCAGCCCCUGCUCCAGUUCCGGGUCCCUGGCGGGGGGCCUGGACAUGAUCGAACUCGACGGCGGCGACAGUCCCGGACACAGCCCCGUGGCGCUGCCGCUGUCCGCCACCCUGCCCGGACCGCCGCCAUCGCCGCCCCCCACGGCCCCGCAGUACGAGGUGCUCGGCCGCCUGGAGCCCCUGGAGACGGACCCGCUGCUCCAGGGCCAGGACGACGACGACCUGUGCAGCCUGCUCAUGCCGGGGGGCUGGGACAUCGGCCAGCUAGACCAGCUCGACUUCCUGCUCAACUCUCUAGGGGACUAGGUCGACUAGGACCAGUCGCGUCAUUUACGAGUCGAAAUGCGUUUUCCUGGUGUUUAUUACUAUUGCUUGGGAGCUGAGAAAUUGUAAGACGUCUUUGUUUAAGGCCCCUUAUGCGAAUACACCGGACCGUGCGGUCGUAGUAUGGGUUGCCUGGAAGCGUGCUGCGUCUUGGCCCUCUCAAUUGCAGCAAGGGACCGUUCGACUGUAGUUUGGGUUGACCAGAACAAAGGCUUACUCAACGUGCAGCAAGGGGCGUGUUUGUAGCGAGGCGAGGCGUUUCUCCUUCGUGUGAAUUUAAAACGUCGGGAAUCGAAAGAUGAUGGACGGUUUGAACAAUGAAUGCUUCCCGUUUCUAUCAGUUUCGUCUUAAUUUGUGGCUAAACUUAUUGGAUCUGUGCAUGGAAUAAGAAAUCUUGAGAACUGAGAAACGCUUCCGUGAAGUCGAGAUGCACGAUAGAUUCAAAGCCAGCUGAGUUUACUCCCUUUUAACCAUUAAUGUUUGACUUUGUAGGGUAUUUUUCUGUUUCAUAGCUAUAUUAUUAAUAUUUCCUGCGUCAGGUUUUUGGCCAAGCAGUCCUUAUCUCUCCGUCCAUAUGAUUUAAUAAUUAAGAAGUAGAAUUCAGGGUCAUGUGAUGUUUAACCAAACCAUGUGCUCGGGCACCAGAUUUUACAUGAAAAACUAGAAAGAGACAUUUAAGCGUUUUAGUUACACAUUUAUUGGUAACGUGCGCAAAUCAUCAUACAUAAUAUAAAUGUAUCAUUCUGAAAAAGCAUGUGGGAUGGUUCUAGUCAGUAUUAUUAUGUAUUGGGUGCUGUGUCAAAUAAAAGAAUUUCAAAACUUG